AUGCUCUUUUAUCAAGAUGUCUUCAAGGUUUCACUCAAAACCAGAAUGAAAGUGUCAAUUCUCAAUUGUGGUCCAGAUGUUCCAAAACUACCUUUGUUGGAGUUCGUAAAGUUCAAAUUGCUGUUUGUGAAACUGUGGCUGUGUUUUAACACUGGGGCAGCCAGCAAAGCAGUCAUUAUGGAUCUCAGUGGGGUUAAUCCUGGUCAAAGUAUGUUGAAGGCCCUGAGAGAUCAAGACAAAGAAGAAGGAUCGUAACUGCUGGACGAAAAGUUUCUGUGAAGUACAGAACACAAAGGAAGAUUUUACGGGCAAAGUGAAGUCAAAAGGGAAGUGUCAUACUCUUCAGGGGCUUUUGGUCUUGAUUCAAAGCCUGAGAUAUCAGUUAAACAAGGAAUCAAGAAUAUUAAGUCCAAGAAACACAUUCAGGAGUUACCAUCCACUAGUAGAGAGCAAACUGUGGAGAUAAAAUAUGUGGAACCCAUUUUUGAAGUUGUGGUCACUCCAAAAGAGUAG